AUGGCGAGCCUCCUCUUCUUGGCUGCCGUCGUCUCGGCUGCGUCGUCUCUGACUUCGCGAGACUACACGGCCGACCCCCUCGCUGCUUGUCCGGGUUACAAGGCAUCCAAUGUGCAGACCACCGACACGGGCUUGACCGCCGAGCUCACCUUGGCUGGCACUGCGUGCAAUGUCUAUGGCACCGACCUCGAUGACCUCGUUCUUUCCGUUUCUUAUGACACUGAGACGAGACUCCACGUCAAGAUCCAGGACGCGGCGAACAACGUCUAUCAAGUGCCCGAGUCUGUGUUCCCUCGGCCGCAGUCCGCUGGCGUCAAGCCGUGCGACUCGGCGCUCAAGUUCGAGCACACAGAGAAUCCUUUCUCCUUCAAGGUCUCGCGCUCCGACACGGGAGAGGUCCUCUUUGACACCUCGGCCGCCAGCCUCGUCUUCGAGUCGCAGUAUCUGCGCCUGCGGACAGCCCUGCCAGACGACCCCAACCUGUAUGGCCUCGGCGAGCACUCGGACCCGUUCCGCCUCAACACGACCGACUACAUCCGCACGCUGUGGUCGCAGGACGCGUACGGUGUGCCUACAGGCUCGAACCUCUAUGGCAACCACCCGGUCUACUAUGAGCACCGCGCCACGGGCUCGCACGGCGUCUUCCUGCUCAACUCGAACGGCAUGGACAUCAAGAUCAACCGCACCGAGCAGGCCGGGCAGUACCUCGAGUACAACACCCUCGGAGGCGUCGUCGACCUGUACUUUGUGGCGGGCCCGUCCCCGGUCGAGGUCGCCCGGCAGUACGCGGGCAUCGUGGGGCUCCCCGCGAUGAUGCCGUACUGGGGUCUCGGAUUCCACCAGUGCAGGUACGGGUACCGCGACGCCUACAACGUGGCCGAGGUCGUGUACAACUACAGCCAGGCCGCGAUCCCCCUCGAGACGAUGUGGACCGACAUUGACUACAUGUAUCGCCGGCGUGUCUUCUCGCUGGACCCGGAGAGGUUCCCGCUCGAGAUGAUGCGUGGCCUGGUCGACCACCUCCACGCCAACGAUCAGCACUACGUGGUCAUGGUCGACCCUGCCGUCGCCUACUUUGACUUCCCAAAGGCCCUUCAGCGUGGCAUUGACGACGACAUCUUCCUCCUGCGCCAGAACGGCUCGCUGUGGCGUGGUGUCGUCUGGCCGGGUGUCACAGUCUUUCCGGACUGGUUUGCGAAGAAUAUUCAGGAGUACUGGAACAACGAGUUCAACAUCUUUUUCGACCCCGAGACCGGAGUAGAUAUAUCAGCACUCUGGAUUGACAUGAACGAGCCGAGUGAUUUCCCUUGUUUCUUCCCCUGCGACGAUCCAGACAAAGCGGCGAUUGGGUAUCCCCCGGAGCCACCUCCAGUCAGGUCACCACCGCGGCCCCUGCCGGGAUGGCCAUGCGAGUUCCAGCCCGAAGGCUGCUCCACGGCCUCGUCCACACGUUCUGUGCAAGGCAGCAGGGACCUCGACACUGUGCCCAACACCUUGCGGCAUGACAACCCCUUCUUCAUCGAGCCGCGCCAGGAGAGCGGGCAACAGCAAGGCCUCCCCGGGCGGGACCUGCUGUUUCCAAAGUACGCGAUCCACAACAAAGCAGCAUACGAGGACUCGUGGAACGCCGCCGAGGGCGGCAUCUCCAACAAGACGGUCAACACGGAUGUGAUCCACCACAACGGCCUUGCCAUGUACGACACGCACAAUCUCUACGGGACCAUGAUGUCGAGUGCCUCGGCCGAAGCCAUGCGGCAGCGCAAGCCCGACCUGCGGCCCAUGAUCAUCACGCGGUCGACCUUUGCCGGGGCCGGGGCAAAGGUCGGGCACUGGCUCGGGGACAACCUGUCCAUCUGGGACCACUACCGGCUCAACAUCCGGUCCGCCGUCGCCUUUGCGGCCAUCUACCAGGUGCCCAUGGUGGGCGCCGACGUGUGCGGCUUCGGCGCCAACACGACCGAGCAGCUGUGCGCCCGCUGGGCCACCCUGGGCGCCUUCCUGCCCUUCUACCGCAACCACAACUCGCUCGACUCGACCGACCAGGAGUUCUACCGGUGGCCCAGCGUCGCCGCCGCGGCAAAGGCCGCAAUGGACAUCCGCUACCGCCUCCUCGACUACAUGUACACGGCGCUGCAGGCCCAGCACGCCGACGGCACCCCGCUGCUCAACCCAGUCUUCUACCUGUACCCGCAGGACAAGGAGACGUUCCCGCUCGAGCUGCAGUACUUCCUCGGCCAGGGGAUCAUGGUCGCGCCCGUGACCGCCGAGAACGCCACGAGCGUCGACGUCUACUUCCCCGACGACACCUUCUACGACUGGCACACGCUCCGCCCGGUGCCCGAGUCCUACCGGGGCCAGACCGUCACGGUCGACGCCGGCACCGACUGGGGCUACAUCCCGCUGUACCUGCGCGGCGGCGUCAUCGUGCCGCUCCGCGUAAACUCCCAGAUGACGACGACCGCCCUGCGCGAGCAGGACUUUGAGAUCCUCGUGCCCCUGGGCGGCGGCAAGCCAGCGCACGGAAAGCUAUACCUCGACGACGGUGUCAGCGAGGUGCAGCCCGCGGAAUCGACGAGCGACAUCGCCUUCUCGUUCGACCCGGCGACGGGCGAGCUCGUCGUCUCGGGCCCCUUCGGGUACCAGACAAAGUCGAGGAUCACAAAGGUCACGUUCCUCGGCCUGGCCGCCGAGCCCUCGCAGCCGCCGAGCUGUGACGGGCAGAGUCUCGAAGGAGGAGAAGGAGGGGGACACCACUACCACUGGGAUGGCAGUGCUUCGACGUUGGUGGUGGAGCUGGAUCAGCCGCUCACUCGGGGGUUUACACUGAAGAUCUGA